AGAAACUCGCCUUCUUCUUCUUCUUCUCUGCCUUUGACUUUUCCCUUCUUCUUUCUCUUCACGUUGAGAAGGUAUAGUCGAUCUUCCUCCUCCCAAUUUGCUCUUUUUACAGAAGCGUCGUCCUCUUCUUUGAGUGAAUAUAGCUGAGAGGAUCGGCUCACAGAAUGGGAUUCAAUGGAGGUCAGGCUCUAGUCGCCAUUCUCACUUUGGCUGUAGGAGGACUGGUCCUGAGACAGCUCAAGAAAUCAAAGAGGAGGAACUCGGAAUCAACCUCGAGAAUGGACGGUGGGUCUGGAGAAGAGAACGAGGCAUUAAGGGGGGACUCGGAGUCAACGUCAAGAACGGAAAAUGCGUCUGGAGAAGAGUACGAUGUGUUCUUGAGUUUUCGGGGACCAGAUACUCGCAAUGGAUUCACCGAUUGGCUCUAUUAUGGCUUGAGAGGUGCCGGAAUUCGCGUUUUCCUCGACAGUGACGAACUUGAAGAUGGUGAAAGAAUCAGUAAAAUUUUAAAGGCAGUUGAUGAGUCUCAAAUCUAUAUACCCAUCUUCUCUCCAAACUUCGCUUCCAGUCCAUGGUGUCUUCGUGAGGUAGAAUGCAUGGUAGAACGCACCUCGAAUUCAGAUGGGAAGAAAAAGAUCAUCCCCAUUUUCUAUGAAGUGAAGGCUGAUGAUGUGAAGCUCAGAACUGAUUUAUACAGAAAAGCCAUACGCAAGCUCGAGAAGAUGAAGAAGUUUGGCUCCGAUGAAUUGAAGCGAUGGGAAAGUGCCCUCAAAACGGUUGGAGGUAUAAUUGGACGUGAACUCAAUGGCAAACGCCAAGGAGAACAAAUUGAAUCGAUUGUUGAAGAGGUUUGCCGUAAGCUUAAUACAAGACACGUAAUUGUGACUGACCAUUUGGUUGAAGAUAAUGCUCGUAUGGAAGCCAUAAUGAAAUUGUUGGAUGUUAGCUCUGGUGGUGUACGUUUUGUUGGUAUCCACGGCAUUGGUGGUGUUGGAAAAACAACUCUUGCCAAAGUCAUGUUCAACAAACUAUCUUUUCACUUUGAACGCUGUAGUUUCGUUGAAGAUAUUCGCUCAUCGUCACAACCUCAUGGUGGUCUUUUAGAAUUGCAGAAAAAGCUCUUAUCAGAUUUGGCCAGUCAUGGGAUUGCUAACCAAAUUAAAGAUGUUGACAGUGGGAUCAGGAUGAUAAAAAAAGUACUGAGUAAUAAAGAAGUACUUAUUGUUCUUGAUGAUCUAGACAGCAAAGAGCAACUCGAAAAACUCGCUGGAAAAUCUGAUUGGUUUUGUUCUGGUAGCAGAAUCAUUAUCACAACUAGGGAUGAAAGCAUCCUGACGACUCAAGUGGACUCAUCCAGUAAAAAGGUCCUUAACCAACCUGAAGGAAUUCUGUGCUAUGAAGUUCAUGAAAUGAGAUCUGAUUUAGCUCUUCAGUUGUUUUAUAAGCAUGCAUUCAGAAGUGAUUCUGCUGUGGAAGAAUAUGAAGCUCUUUCAAGACAAAUUGUUCGUUCGGUGGGCAUGCUUCCUUUGGCUGUAGCUGUGAUAGGGUCCAAUCUUUUUGACUGGGGCAAAGAUUUGGGGCAUUUGGAGAAAAUACAAGUAUGGGAUGAGACACUGAAGAAGUUAAAGGAAGGUCCUUUUGAGGAUGUCCGAGAUACAUUAAUGAUAAGUUAUGAACGAUUAGAGGGCAAGCAACAAGAAGUUUUUCUCGAUAUAGCGUGCUUUUUCAUCAAUGUGGACAGAACUUAUCCGGUUAUCAUGUGGAAGGAUUGUGGAUACUUUCCCACCAUUGCAAUAAGGGUUCUCUCUCAAAGGUCCUUGAUCAAAAUUAGAGAUGGUAAUAGGUUUUGGAUGCAUGACCAAGUUCGUGACUUUGGAAGGUAUAUUGUUCUUCAAGUGUAUUCUCGCAAGUUUUGUAGGCUGUGGAUUUCUGAGGAUGCCCUAAAGCUACUGGAAGGAAAAAAGAAAAAUGAAGAUGCGGAAGCACUAAGCUUGACUUCCGAUGGCUGCAACCGCAGCAUUGCAUCUGAAGAAUUAGCUGCUCUACCAAACCUAAGGUUCCUUCGAGUGAAAGGCGUUGACCUUUUUGGCAACUUCGAGAAUCUUCUUUCGAAUCUAAGAUGGUUUUCUUGGGAAAUUAUGCAUAAGGUACUUUAUGCGGAGAGUUUUCAUUUUGCUAAUUUGGUCGUGCUAGACCUUUCAAGAAGUGAUAUCGAAGAUGACUGGGGUGGGUGGAGCCAAAUCCAGAUGACAAGAAAAUUAAAAGUUCUGGAUUUAUCGGAUUGCACAAAGUUGAGGAGGACACCCGACUUCUCUAAUUUCACGUCUUUGGAGACGUUAGUACUUGCUCGGUGUUCCAAUUUGAUCACAAUUCACCCCUCCAUUUCUAAACUUCAACUCCUAGAGACUUUGAAUAUCAAAGGGUGUAGUUGUCUUGGGGAGUUGCCUGAAGAAAUCAGUUCUCUACAAUCUUUGAAGCAGAUCAUCAUGCCCCAAAAUUUUCAACCCUUGAAGCUUCCGGAGAGAUUUGGCGAUUUGAAAUCUUUGUUGAGUUUAAGAUUAAGCUACCACCCUAAAAUAUGCAAACUUCCGGACUCAAUUGGAGGGGCGGUGAAUCUCACAUGCUUAACUUUACGUGAAUGCGUGGGAAUAAAGGAACUUCCCAGCUCAAUUGGGGAGUUGCAAAUGUUGGUAGAAUUGGAUAUAUCAAGCUCAAGCAUAGUUGAACUGCCCGAUUCUAUCGGAAAGUUAAAGAAACUAAAGGUGUUGAGUUUAUGUAGAACGAAGAUAAGGGAGAUUCCUCGAACUAUUGGAGGACUGGAGAUGCUUGAAGGUUUAUAUGCCCAUCAAUCCCGGGAUCCGACGGAUAAAAACUUGGAGGAAAUUGGGAAGCUACGUCAUUUGAAGACAUUGAACUUAGCAUUUACUAGUGUUUCUAGAUUGCCUGCAGAGAUAAGUGGUCUUGAUCUCCAAAAACUUGAAGUGGGUUCGAUUGAGCUUCAACAAGUGCCGGCUCUUCCAUCAAGUUUGAAAUUCCUUGCGGUUCGGGCUCUAGACUUCUCUCUUGUCCCCGACCCUUCAUGCAUCACCGGUUUGGAACAUCUGGAAUUACAAAGAUUGAGCAGUUCUACAAAUAUACCUCGCUCUACUUGGCAGGACUAUCAUUCAAAAAUUGAAGCAGCUUCGAUGAGAGAGCAACUGUCCUAUCAGCUUCCAUCUCAUUUGUCGACCUUGAAACUUAGAGGUAUUAGUCCGCUGCCACACUUUUCCAACUUAUCAAAAUUGACAGUUCUGCAUGUAAUUGACUGUGCAAUCUCACACCUACCCGUCGAUCUAGGCCUAACACAUUUAAGGGAACUGUUCAUACGUAGAUGUAAAUCCCUUGAGAAAAUACCUGGUUUGUCACUCUUGAGGAGUCUAGAGCGCUUGGAAUUGGAGGGCUUGAGUAGGCUAGUUGAGAUUCAAGGUUUGUCUGAACUGGAAUCUUUGCAAUACUUCCGUAUUUCCAGUUGUGAUUUAAUAGGACAGUUACCCAAUUUAUCCAAGUUGGGUAAGCUACAGCAUCUAGAUCUAGAAGCUUGUCCAAAUUUACGACCCAUCGAGGGCAUCGAGGGCUUAGAAAGCUGGGUGUUGGAUACUUGUGGUCACACUAUCCUGGAAAGAUUGUUGGACAUCUCCAGAUCGACCUGGCUUUCCCACAAAUUAUCUAUGUACGACGUGUUUCUGAGUUCUAAGGGAGUAGACACGCAUCGAAGCAUUGUCAGUUAUCUUCACGAUUGGAUGUUCCACAAUCAAAUUUCUGUUUACAGUAGUCUCGAUGACUAUAGGUCCAAAGAAGGGAUUGGGGAAAAGAUUCUGCAAGCACUUGCUAGCUCCAAUAUCUACAUACCCGUCUUCUCUAGAAACUAUGCUUCCAGUCAUUGGUGUCUCCGCGAACUUGCCUGCAUGGUAAAAUGUACAGCAGAAUCAAAGGGGAAAAGAAGAAUCCUCCCCAUUUUCUUCGAUGUGGAAAUUGAUGAUGUUAAGCUCGAAACUAAUUUAUAUAACAAUGCCCUUGACAAGCAUGGGAUGAACUUCGACCACAAUGAAGUGAAGUCGUGGAAAGAGGCCUUAAUUGAGGUUGCAGCAAUGAGGGGUUUCGUCUUGAAAAAUAAUAGCUACGAAGAAGUACUUCAAUUGGUCGUUGCAGAGGUUUAUAAAGCAAGGAAAUCGUUAGACGGUGACUCCUGAAGCCUUCUUUUUGUCGGUUGUCAUAGAAAAGGUGAAUGGAUUUGCUGUCAGGGUAAUGAACUUCUCGCCAACUG